AUGAGCAGUCAGGAACCCAGAAGAAAGUUGUCGGAGAUAACAAACACAUCAUCUCUAAGAACAUUCAAAAAGCCCAGUGAGCCCGAGCUAUGUGUCGUUCAUCCAGAAGAGUCUAUAAUGGACUUGGAUGUCAUCGACAUGCCAUUUGAAGAUGGAGCAUUCGACGAUUAUCAAAUGGAAUACCCAAAGGAAUUUAAUUUGUACAGUUCCCAUCUCUAG